ACGGGCCAUCUGCGGUAUUGGAAAUUUUUCAGCAAGCUUUGAAAUAGUAAUUUCUUAAGAUUGGUAUUGGAACCAGUAUUGGCACUGUUAUUUGUUUGAACAAUUGCAGAUUCAAGGUGGCUAAACGAAUCUUGCACAGAACAAUAGACGAAUAAAGAUCAAAGAUGGAUAGAAUUCAGACUGAGAGAUUGAACCAAAAGGAGAUUGAUAUCCAAAUAAAAAAGGAACUAGAAAAAACCGAAGAUAAUUCUUCCGAAGAUUCGAUUUAUUAUUAUGAUAUAGAUCAAUUGUAUUACUUUAUAAAAUCCUUUAACGAAUUGGGAAAUGUCAAUCGGUUGAACAAAACUGUUAUAGAAGAGUUUAACGAUGAAAAUACAACCGAAAAAAAAUCUGUAAUGCCUUUUAAAAAUUCAAUUGCAAUUUCAAAUUCAUUUACAAGAGAGUAUAACGAUAGAUAUGACAACUUAUUGUUCAAGCUUGAUUUAAUUUCAACAAGAAAUUUUGAUUCAUUUGAAAUGGUGGACAUUGAUUUGAAAAGAUUUUCUGAAAUUAAUAACAAACCAAUGACUAAUGCAUCUGAAUUUUUGGGAAUCUACAUUGAAGAUCCAGACAAUCACUUGAAUUUAAGUAUAUCAUGCUUACAACCAUUUAGAGAUUUUGAUUCAUUAAAAUCAAAUGAACAACUCAAUUCAAAGAUUGCUGAAUUGAAAGAAAGAUUACAAUGCAUGAGAUUUUUGGGCACGAAAUUGAUUAUUGUGUGUUUAAACUGUUUAGACAAUGACAAUUGUAUUAAAAACGAUGAAAAUGUUAUAAAAGACUUGAAAUUGCUAAGUGAGACUGUCUCUGAUUUUGAUAAAGACUUUAAAAUUGCAAUUGAAAUAUUAAGUUGGAGUUCAUAUGUUCAAACUCUUGAUCAUUUAUUAAAGAUUGUUAAUAAAGUUGAUAGGAAAAAUCUAGGGAUAUGUUUUGAUUCAUUUCACUAUUUAUGCGAAUUUAAGAAGAACAAUACAGAAGGUCAAUUUAAUUUAGAAAUCUUGGAUCAAAUUAUAGUUGAUGGAAGAUUGUUUUUUGUUCAAUUGUCUGAUUCAUUGAACAUAAAAUUUAAUUAUAAUAACAUUGAAAAUUUUUUAUACUAUUCAAGAAAUUUUAGAGUUUUACCUUUUCAGGGAGAUUAUUCAGAAGAAUUGGUUUCAAUAAUUCAAAAAUUGCUCUUAUAUAGACUUCAUGAGAAUGGAAUUGAAUUGUCAUUAGAGUGUUUCAAUCCAUAUAAUAUUAAUUUUAAUGAGUCAAUUGUUUCAUUAAAUUAUUUACAAUUAUUUACUAUAGACAACGUUAAAAGGGACGAUAUUAAAAUCGAUAAGGUAUUUGUGAACCAAAAACUUGGACAAAUUCAAUUUUUUGUUGAAAAUAAUCAAACGAUGAUUGACAUUGUUAAGAAGGCGUUUUUUUUAGGAUAUGAUAUUAUAGAGACUAUUGAAGAAUUGAAUCUCAAGUUCAUCUACAACGAUGGGAAAAGACACAAACGAUUGGUAGAGGAUGGGGAUGGUAAAAAGACAUUUGAGGUUUGCAUUGAUAAGUUUUAUUCAUUAAAGCUUCUUCUUUUCACAGUUUUCAACAUGGAGGUGAUUCGUAAGAACAAUGGGUGUUAUGAAAUGGGAUACGGAUCUGAUGUGAAAAUUGAGUUGAAGAUCCAGGAUUAUGGGUUGACGGUUAGUUCCUGUUUCAGUCAAACCAGUGAGGUGGAUCUGAAAAUGAAAAUUGAAAAUAGAAAUGAAAUUGAAAAUGAAAAUUGAAAAUUGAAAUCGAAUAAACUCAAAUCAGAUUUAAUAAACCCGAAUACGAUUAAAUACGAUUGUGGGCGUGAUAAUAGUGAUAGAUAUUCGAAAUACAGUU